CCCACAUAGACGCAGAGGUCUGCGCGUGUAACAGAACUGGACCGUCUCAAAGUUCUGUCGGUACCGGGGUUCGCUCAGAAAAAUGCCGGUCAUCAUUUGUGGACCUAAAGUAGCCGCAUGUGGGCUUGUGUUGAGCCUGUGGGGGGUCAUAAUGUUGGGUCUGUUGGGGAUCUUCUUCAGCAUUCACUCUGCUGGCCUGAUUGAAGAUGUUCCUCUGACAGAGUCUGAUGCAAUACCAGGAGAUCCAAAUGUAGCUCAGAAGAUCUACAGCCUUUAUGACAAGGUGAGCUACAACUGCUUCAUCGCAGCUGGCAUCUACCUGCUGGUGGCCGGGUUCUCCUUCUGUCAGAUUAGACUCAACAAACAGAAGGAGUUCCUGGUACGUUAGCGCCCCCCGCUGGCCGGAGGAGAUCCCAGCACCACUUGGAAUCAGAACCGACACUGUGAGAUUAGGACAAUGCUCUGCAUCUUCAUGUAUUUUCAAUGAUAUGGAUCUACCUCUGAUCAGAAGAGCUUAAAUUAGUGGAUUUUGCACUUAAAUGGCUGAACUUAAAUAAUUAUAUUUUUUUCUGAGUCUGAAUUAUUUUUUGUAGUAUUUGUGUAUUCGCUCUGUCAGGUGUACUGUAUUACAACAAAUGUGUUUUAUAUAAUUCUAUAAAUAUUUCCUGUAUGUCCGUUGAUAUAUAUUUUUUAAUUUACUUGUUCUAGCUUUUGGAUCAUGUUCAUCUUUCCGUUGUAUCCACCAGUGACAAGUGUUCUCCUGUUUUUAUGACUGUUGAAACACUAUUAGUCUGUAACACAAGAACCAAACAGAUCGUCAGCUGCUGUUUAAUGAAUGAUACACACAAACAAAACAUGGAAUCAUUGAACGUACAGUGACUCCUGGUAUUAUGAGCAUGAGCAAGUACAAAUUCUAAUAGAAAUCCCAGAGUCCCAUAUCGUCAAACCGCUGGUAUUGGAGCCACAGCAAGGAUAAAAAAUGUGAUAUUAAGAGAAAAAAAUUAAACAAUAUGAUUAUAAUAAAGUUGUAAUAUUGUGAAAAUGCAAUUGUAUGAUUAAAGUGUUGUAAGAGCUGUAAAGAAUAGUCAUAUAUCUAUGAAAUACAUACCAUAAUACUUUAAGAAACGUCAAAAAAAAAAAGCCUUGAUAUUGUGCCACAUAAUUUCUGAAUUUCUCUUCUAUACAGAUGAAAUUAAAACUUCAAUAACUUUUUUCACAUAAUAUACGGAAGCGGAUUAGGGCCACUGGGGAAAAAAAAAAAAUUAAGGUCCAAUAUAAAUUUUUUUAUUAUUAUUCUGAGAAAAAAAAAAUCAGAACUCUGAAUUUAAUCCCAGAAUUUAGACUUUUUUCUCAUACUAAUACUACAAAAAUAUAUAUAUUGGACCUUAAUUUUUUUAUUUUUUUCAGUGGCCCUGAUCCUCUUCCGUAAUAUUAAGACUUUAUUCUUCAAAUACGUUUUUUUUUUUUUUUACCUUGUUGUCCUGAUGCAUCUUCCUACUGCUGCUGUUAAACCAAUACAAUUGUCACUAUUUUAUUUCAUAGACACACACUGCAACAAUGUUCAUAUUUCAGAAUCUGAAAUAGCUUUACAUGUGAAUGAUGGCGUUCAUGAAUGAAUCAUCCAGUGGACACAAACCAAGACACUGGAGUGUGAAAGUUAAUAUUUAGUAAAUAUACCACAGUUCAAUACUGCAGCACCGCCAUAGUUGUGUCUACAUUUCAUAAUAGUUUUGUAACUUGUGCUUCUUGUUUCAGAUUCUGCCAUGUGUUUUUUCUGUACAUGUAUGGAAAUGUUUUGCAUUCCUUUAACCAGCGAUACCUAUAAAAAUUAUUUAUGAUUGGUGCACAAACAUUUCAAUAAAGUACAAACCAGUGAA